AUGCUCACCGAGCCGGAGGUUUGCUUUGAGGCGCAAGCUGAUUGGUCUCGCUUCGUCGUGGUGGACGAGCUCCGCUGGGAUGCUGAGAGAGUCCACGUGGCCGAUUUCAGCGGAAGUGUGAAAGAAUGCAGCAAUCACUGCUCCCCUGACUGGGAUGCGGAAACCGAAGCACCGCCGUCGGCAGCCACUUCCUCUUGCUCUGACUCAGACGUGCAGGGAAAGCCCGACGUCACGCGUUUCCCGUGGCCCGGAGCAGCAAAGCCGGAAAGCCUGGAACUGUGCACACUGGGAGAUCUGCGAUAUCAUCCCGAGGACGUCGUUGAGCCCUGCUUUGAAGAGAUUCCACAGUUGGCAGUGGAUGCACAGGACGCAAGCGAGCCUGAGAGCGAACCAGCCAUUCUGCCGCUUCGGCCUUUCCCGCCAAGCCAUUCGAUAGGGUGCGAGGAAGAUAUGUUACAGAAUGAGGUGGAGGCGGAUUGGAGCAGCGUCAGCCCAACAGAAGCCGCCUUGCAUCACCAGGUUGCGCUGCCAGCCGCGAAGCUCUUCCCGAAGAGAGUGCUGCCAAGCAAUCCCCUCCUCAGCCCGAGGGCGCCUGUUAGCGCUUCGAAAGUUCCGAAAGCCCCGGAAGCGGACAUCCAGCAAACUCUCAAGACGGAGAGCUUCGAUUCACAGCCAGCUCCGGCGGUGUUUGAGGCCGUGCCGGAGCCGUGUUCUGGAUCCUGCCAAGGGAGCCAGGCAUCACUGGAGACGUGCCUUCUUAUGAGCACAGAGAGCCUGGCUUCUGACCAAGACGGGGAGGAACAGGAGGAGCAUCUUGAUCUUGGCCUCUCUGCCUUCAUGAGCGAGCGGCAAUGCAAGAGGGUCGCUGGCAGCUUCCUGAAAGCGAAUGGCUUCUUUCAUGUGGAUGAAGUCGAGCCAACACUACGCCAUCCCUUGCUUGAAGCCGUGAGCCAAAAUCGACCCCGGGUCGUCGAAGCCCUGCUCUUCCUCGGAAGCCGCAGGGAUGUGCGGAACGUUCAGGGCCUCACUCCGUGGCGCUUGGCAGAAAAUCUUCACCAACAAGAGGGUGGAUUCCGAGAGGUCUUGCAGGCCUUCAGCAAGGAUGAAGCUCGGAGAGCAAGGAUGCAAGGAGGACAGGUGACCGCCGAGGAGGACGGCUUCCAAGGCAUGUGUACUGUAAUCAUGGGCUCAGAUGAAACUGGGUACCGGAGGCUGUCCAUGCUCUUGCCCCAGUCUGCUAACGAGAAGCCAGAAGUGGAGGACAAGGACACCUUUCAACCGCUUGCAAAAGGAUUCCCUUCCGAUGCAGAAAUGUACAGGGAGCAGUCUUUUUCCUCCACUCAGACCGGAAGUUGGACCACCGCAAGCAGCAACUCCGACCCGCGGACGAACCGCAACUCGACGCGGGACUUCAGGCUCAAGAUGCAGGUGAAGGCCUUCUUGCAGGCCAAUGGUUUCAUGCACAUCAACGAAGCUCAGCAUGCCUGGGGUCGCACCCGCUAUCCACUGCAUGUGGCGGUCUCCCAGAACAAGCCCGCAGUCGUCAAAGCGCUGUUGCUUCUGGGUGCCCGGCGCAACGUGAAGACCCGCCGCGGUCUCACACCAGAAGAUUUGGCAAGGCGCAGCGGCUUCAAGGAAGUCUCGCAAGUUUUGGAGCAGGCGAUGCUGCAGACGGAGAACACACUUGACAGCUCCCGGUCCACAGUUCCCAUGUCGAUCAUCCAGAUGCUUGCUGGCUUGCACCAAUUUGCAUCAAAUGAUACAUUGGGCAGGAAUGACCCAGAGUACAAGUACCGCAUGUACCAUGCCGCGUGCGCUCGCUCAGUUGGGUCCGUGAAGCCCCUGGAAGCUUUCAGGUGGAAGUUUCUUAGUCCCGGUGAGGUCCAGAGGUGUCUUUAUGUCACGAAGUCACGAAGGAUAGCUGCAAUAUACGUGCCCAACAAGGCAUCCGGUGGACUACUUCUUGGAGCAAUGCCGGCUUCUCAGAUCACCUCGCUGCGGGAGUCGACUGAAGUGCAGAAAUCUACGCAUUAUAAGGACCACUAUCAGAAGAUGUUCAAGGAGCAGGGCUGCGAUCGCGAGUAUGUGAAAUACCCAUACACUCGAGAAAUGAUCGAGGGCUACUUCAAGCAGUACACGCAGCUUACCGGCGUUCCCGUGACUGCUGAUGGCCCGCCAGCUGACGCGCCGGAGCUUGUUGACUGCACCCUUGAGUCUGCCGUCGGGGCUUUGCCAGCUUGGGCAGAAGACGAUAAAAAUCUGGAGGGCAUGAGCAUGCAGGUUCAGCAGGAUCCGUCCUGGUGGACUCAGCGUGCCACGGGCUCCGAGCUGUUCAUGCGGAAGGAUGUUUCCUUCGAUGUCGAUGGGCGGCGCUUGGCCUUGAGCCACCACUUCAUCGGAACCCAGUUCGGCCUACAUGCUGCAAGGUCAAUGUUGCUACUGACCUUCUGGCUACCUUACUGUAUGGGAGUUGAAUCCUGGGAAUACCGCGACGCGCUUGUGCAGUCAGAUGCGAACCUUGCAGAGAUACAGUCGGACCUCCAGGAGAUCCAAUCAAGCAACUUGGACAUCCAGCAGACACUGGCGGAGGCAGUUGGGCACCCAAGGUACUCUGCAGCUUUGACAACCGAGGCUAGGGCAACGAAAAGUUCUCAAGAGAAGCUGCUGAAGGCCCUGAGACUUGUGGGCGCAGACAUUCGGAUGUCCAAAGAUGGGAGAGGCAUGCGGCAUUUGGCGGCAAACUCUACUACGGACGGGCAGGCAGCCGGGCAUGCCGGCCCCAUCUGCCACGAUGGACACCCAUGCAGCGCGUUCGACAGGUUCAUGGAAGACUGCCUUCGACACAAACACUUUGUCAUCGCGGGCCUCAUGACUCUCUUCGCAAUUCCUCUCUGCUUGCUGAUGCAGUACAGGCGAUCCAAAGGACGAGACGAGUCCGUGCGUGGGGCAGAUGACUUGGACGAGGUCUGGUUUCGCAAGCCAGAGCAGGGCAAAGCAUCUCCCAUGAGCAUGACGCCCUGA